UAGUUUGAUAUCAAGUUAAGACUACGUUCCAAGUUGUUGAAAUUGAUUCAUUUUUUUCAUUUUGUAAUUACCUAAUAUUGAGGUAUAAUUUGUAUACAAUAAAAUGAAUCGAAAGCUUGAGAGAAUGUUGGGAUGAAAAUAUAUUCAGAAUAAUAAUUCCAUUCGUGCUAGAUUUUGAAGUACCUAUCUAUUUAUGGGCAGGUCUAUUAUUUAUUAAUAAUAAAGGAGGGUGCUGGACACCUAAUUAAAAUGCUAGUGUUUGAUGUAUGGCUUAGGUUACCUAUUUAUUUAGUUUUUUAUUGCCUAGGUACUUUUUUAAUGUAGAUUUCGUGUUUUUUAAGAAUUAAAUCAUAUCAGGCAUUCGUUCAAUAUUUUUCUAUUUUGGAUGAGCUAGUCGUCUAUUCUGAUAAUUACAUUUUUGUUUAUCCGUAACAGCGAAAGAUAGAAAGAUAUUAUCAGGCAUGAACAUGAUAACGGAAAAAUUAAUUGAGUUACUGUUACUCGUACUAUAUCUUACGUUAAUUGAUUUGAGAUAUUCUAAUAUUAAAAAUUUUACAUUUCGGCUAAUCAUCGUUCUGUGAUAUCUAUAAUGAAUAUUGCUUCACGAAUUAUAAAAUGAAUCCUGAAUUCAUCGUUAUUUCAUGUGAUAAUCUGAAAUGGAAUUUUUGUAUAUGUACCUAAAGAUGUAUCACAUAUGCAACCAUAAUAACAGGAACUAUGAAAAUAUUGCAUCGUUUAUCUGAAAAGGUAGAGAAGAGAUCAAAGUAAUUUUUGUAUUCGUACGUAGUUAUGGUAAAGUAUUGCCUGAUAUGAAGAAGGACGAUGAAGGUUAUCUUUAAUUUUUGAAGAGGAAACUAUAAAACAUUUGCAACCAGCAAGGCCAGAUUUAUGCUACCACUUCACCUCCUCUCUUCACCACAAAAUGUAUCCCAAACUGCAGGAAUUUUUGGAUCAAAAAAAGUCGAGAGAGCAUAUAAAAAUGCACUACCGAGACAACUUAGAAAUGUUGGCAAUUUGGACGCUCUUUCCCUUCAAUACAUUGCGUAUAAAAUUCUAAAAAAAACAGAUUAAAAUGAGUAAACCACCAAAACAGACAAGUUAUCGACCACUCGAUAAGCAUUUCUCGACUAAGGCUAUCCAUUGCAUGUUUCAUCCAAAAAACGUCGGUUCCAAAGGAGUUAUACCACCUAUUAAUCUGAGCACGACCUUUCAUCAAGAUAACUUCGAACAACUUCAGUAUUUUACAUACAGUCGGUUCAAUAACCCCAAUCGAGAGAUGUUAGAAAAAACUCUAGCCACGUUAGAAAAUGGCAAAUACGCGUGUUGCUUUUCAACAGGAAUGGCAGCUAUUGUAAUGAUAUGCAAUUUGGUUACACCAGGAGAGCAUAUUUUAUCAUUAGAGGAUGUUUACGGCGGUACUCAUAAAUACUUUUCACAGUAUUGUCCUCAGCAUAAAGUCGAAGUCACAUUUGCUGACUUAAUGGUCCCUGAUAUUCUGCAAAAAAACAUUAAACCUAAUACCAAGUUAGUUUGGCUGGAAUGCCUGACUAAUCCAAUGAUGCGUAUUAUUGAUAUCGUAACAAUCUCAAAAACAGUCAAGAAAUUGAAUCCAAAUACCUUGGUGGUAGUAGAUAAUUCUUUCUUGUCGCCGUAUCUAGUGAAAGUAUUGGAUCUAGGGGCGCACAUUUCUAUCGGGUCGUUGACCAAGUAUAUUGGUGGUCAUUCUGAUUUAUUAAUGGGGGUCGUAGUAACGAACGACGAAAAUUUGCAUAAAACAUUUUUCGAUUAUCAAGCUGGAUAUGGAGCCACCCCAUCAACUUUGGAUUGUUAUCUUGCUUUAAGAAGUGUACGUUCGUUAGCUGUACGAAUGAAACAGCACAUGUGCAGUGCCAACGAAAUAGCCAAAUUUUUACAAUCUCAUCCAAAGAUCGAGAAAGUUUUAUAUCCAGGUAAACACUUUUCCAUUCGAAAGCUCCUUACAAGAACAAUACCGUUUAGCAUGCUUUACAUGACAGGAUUCUCAACUCAUCCGAGGCAUGAUUUAGCUGAAAAACAGUGGUCAGGAUGCAGUGGAAUGUUAUCAUUUUAUAUCAAAGGCGACGCAUCAGAUACUAAAAAAUUUCUUAGCAAGUUAAAGCACGUCUCUACAGGCCUAAGUUAUGGUGGUUUUGAAAGUUUAAUUGAAGUUCCUAUGACAAUGUCUCAUGGUGCCACUCCAAAGGAAAUAAAAGAAAAGCAAGGAAUCACCGAAAAUUUCAUGAGGUUAUCAGUUGGUCUCGAAGAUACUGAAGAUUUAAUUAGCGAUCUGGGGCAAGCUUUGGAUUCGAUCAAGAAAUGAUACCUAUACUUUAGAGGAAAUUGAUUUGAUAAUUUUGUUUUUACCUACUACCGAGUGUUUUUCCCUCUAACGAGAUUCCUGAUUAAGAAAUCUGACGUCUACGAAGUACAAGUACCUAUCAAAAAUUGAAAUUUAGCCGUCGAAUAAUUACCAUAAAAUUAAGAAUUGUAGAUAAAAAUUAAACAUAGUUUGAUGAUUAUUUUUUCAUUUAUUUUUACUUCAACUUUUCAGAAUGU